UCCAGCUCCUACGUGAAACUGACGAAACUCAUCGGGAUGUUCCCGGAACUGCUGGUCUGACCGCGCUUAUUCGAAACCCGCGACCGUCAUUCGGAAGAUCCGCAGCGAAGUUCGAAAAAUUUCCUUUUUUAAAAUUAUGAAAACUGAUUGAAUUGUUUCCAGCGAGAAUAAUACAUGGAUUUUCAUUAUCGAUGCGAUGUUUGAGUGGAAAAAAAUGUGAACGGUGGCGAUAAAAUUUGUGAAUGUGACGAUGAUUCUCCAGUGAUUUCGGAUUUUCUGAUUCUCCUGUAUAUCGUCCCGACCAUGGCUUUGAGGAUUUUGCUUUUGGCGUGUCUCGCCGCGUCUGCCAUAAACUCAGUUUCGUCGUCACAACAAUCCUCGGGAGGAGGAGGAAACUCCCUUAUGGAAAGUUCGACCCGGGCGCCACAUUUUGACGCGGCGGCAUCCAAAAACGUAACCGCCCUAUUAGGGAAAACCGCUUACCUCAAUUGCAGAGUAAAAAACUUAAAUAAUAGAACGAUAUCUCUUCAGGUGUCGUGGGUGAGGCAUCGAGACGUGCAUCUGUUGACCGUCGGUCGAUACACUUACACCAGCGAUCAGCGGUUUCGGGCGAUACACCAACCACAUUCAGAAGACUGGACGUUACAAAUUAAGUAUCCGCAGCACAGGGACUCAGGAGUCUACGAAUGUCAAGUAUCAUCGACGCCACAUUUGAGUCACUUUAUUCACCUGACGGUAAUCGAACCCGACACGGAAAUUGUGGGCGGUCCGGAACUCUUCAUCGAUCGGGGAAGCACCAUAAAUCUCACGUGUGUUGUGCGUCACAGCCCGGAGCCUCCGGCUUACAUCUUUUGGAACCACAACGAUGCGAUAAUCAGCUAUUCAAGUUCAAGAGGCGGCGUAAGCGUAAACACCGAAAGGGGCGAGACAAGCAGAAGUGUUUUGCUCAUACAGAAAGCGAGACCAACAGAUUCCGGAAAUUACCAGUGCAACCCUUCGAACGCCCGACCUGCAAACGUAACAGUCCAUGUUCUGAAUGGUGAACAUCCAGAAGCUAUGCAACACGGCGGAAACCAGAGGAUGGGCCCUUCACUAAGCGUGCUCGCAUUUAUAGCCUACGUCCUGCUAACGUACAGUUAAAUAUUCCCUUUCUGUUAAAGACUCUUCCAGUGACUACUCACGCUAUUUGGACUCCGUUUUAUUUUUAGUGAAUAUGAGCUGAUCGGUGUAUAUCAAAAAAUGUGCAUGUUUUUCUAAAAUAAUCCCUUCAAGUAUAGUGACUCUUGUUAUCAAAAUUGCGUAAAAAUAUUAAAACAGUGCAUCUCAUUUUAGUAUCAUAUAUGUUAUUUGAAACUCUCACCAUUGCUAUUUCGGACACCAUGAGUUAUAGGGUUUGAUUCAUAUUUAAGCAAACAUACUAAUAGAGUCGGAUAAUUUUCGGUUGCAAAGUUGAAGCACAAAUUAUGCAAUUCCUCCUUUUCAUUUUAUUCGUCAACCACCGUUAUUUUUUCAUGUUAUCAACUUUAUUUUUCCUUAUGAGUUUUGCUUUCUUAAUGGUAUACUACAAGCUACCAUUGUAGUUCAGAAAGCGUGAACACGAGAGUAAAAGUUUACAGCAAAUGAAAGAUGUCUAAUUAUUUUAGCUACCUUCAUUAUUUUACCGUAGUCUACAGUGGCUUUGACAUAUUUAUAAUUGCAAUUUACUAACUAGGCAAAACUCCAUAAUUACAAUAUGCCCCCAACAGAAAAACAGAAUAUUAUCUAAAUCCCAGAUACCUUUUAGGCAAUUUAAACUACUCGUUGUUUUAUAUCCUUUCAGAGGUCCCAAUGGUAAGGGUCAAAUGUAACUUUUUUUUUGGUAAGUCAUCAGAUAGCACAAUAAGCUGUUGAUAGUCAGUACCUUCAUCUCAUCUCAUGAAAACAGCAUCAUCAACAUUAUUAGUACAGUAAAACCCGGUGGACUUUCAAAGAAAAAAAUAUGCAAGAGGAAUUUUCCGAUCCGAUCCGAUCCGAUCCCCUAAGAUGAAAGUCAGCGAAAUGAUUGUUUAAAUUGGAGAUCAACAUUUGAAAUAGCGGCCAAUUUUCAAAAAUUUUGUGUUUCUUUGAUAUUUUCUUGCGAUCUCAGUUCUUGAGACCUCCUCAUAGACAAUCGGUGACCGCAUUAUCUUAAUAUAUUUAUCAGCCUGUCAACAAUGAACUACAAUACAAGAAUAAUGCUUGAGAAGCCAUUCUACACUAAUGAACUGGUUGUCAUGCGAUCAUUAAUUCCUGUAAUUAACAUGAACUUUUUUUUUCUCAUUCCUUAAAUUAAACUAAUGUGUAUUAUUAAGACUAAUAUAAUAAUGAAAAAGCUCAACUAUAUUCUAGUCCAUGAUACUUUACGCAAUUUUGGUUACCGCGAAACAUCAGAUCUUGCCCUUUCCAGUAUAAAAACUUGUUUCUGAUUUUUGUAAAACUUUGACGAGAUUAUGUACAUAAUGUAUUUAUCAGAUUUUAAACUGUUAUUGAAGUAUUUAGAAUAAUAAUUUAUUCAAUUAUUUCCGAAGAGGGGACGAAAAUACCCUUUCGAUGUGGACAGCGGCUGCAUUGUGAUAAUAUAUUCAGGCUUAGAAUACAGGAAUGAACAAAUAAAUGUACUCAUGCGCCUUGUUUAUAUUUUGGCAGGUGCUUUGUGUCGAAGAGUUUCCAAAUUUGCAAAUAUCUAUUUAUAACCGCGUUGUUGGCUUGAUAAAUCCACGUUUCCUCAAAAUAAAGUUAUAGUGGAUAGCAUAUUGAAUGGGGGCACCAUCACCAAUAGUAUCAAUAAGUUCUCAUUUUCAAUAGUUUAAACAUUGCGUUUUUACGUUUACAUUUUUUUUUAUAUUUAGCUAUUAUUUCAUUAUUUUAAUUAUUUAUUGUUACAUACUUUAUAUCUCCCACAGUUUCAGUGAUGCUAAUGAAAUACUUGUGUACCACAAUUUAUACCCUUAAAAAAAAUUAUUGACCAAGGUACCAAUGCUAUACGUCAAAGGAUUUUUGUUUGAACUAUGGACUAUA